AUGAAAAUAUCCUUCCCAUCUUUGGGCCACUUCCGUUUCCCAAUAAAAACCAAAUUACCACCUGGAAAUGUAAAUGCCAGAGUAAUAAGGGAUAAUUUUAAAAGACAACAAGUUGCAGAAAGUGAAAUCACUACUAGAGCUCUGAAAUUUAUAGCAAGAAAUACUACUCUACCAGCACGUGCAAGACUCCAGGCCCAAUUACAAUUGAGUAAGAUGCCAAACUAUACAAGAAUGACUCAAAUCCGAAAUAGAUGUGUAGACACUGGCCAUUCGAGAUCUAUUAUAACUGCAUUCAGAUUAUGUAGAACACAGUUCAGAAAACAGGCCCUUGAAGGUGAUUUGCCAGGGGUUAAAAAAGGUGUGUGGUAA